AAACCAUCCACUCUUUAAAACAUCAGGUAUACUGGUAUACCCGGAUCCUUCGCUACAUUCUUUCUAUUUACCCAAUCAACACCAAUUCAAAAUGAAGCAAACCGGCUCUAUCCUCGCCCUCGCUGGACUUGUGUCCAUGGUCAACGGUCACGGUUUCGUGACCAGCCCCCAGCCCCGUAUGCCUGGAUCUGCCAUGGAGAAGGCUUGUGGCCAGCAGGUGUACAACAACCAGAAGGCCGACAACUACGGCAACAUCCAGGGUGAAUUGCAGAUCACCAAUGGCCAGAACGACUACGACGCCGAGGCCUGUGAUAUCUGGCUCUGCAAGGGUUACAAGUACGCCGACAACACUGCCAACGUUCAGUCCUACAAGCCCGGUGAGACCGUUGACUUCAAGGUCGAUAUCCGCGCUCCUCACACCGGUACUGCCAACGUCUCCGUGGUCGACACUGCCACCAACACCCUGCUCAGCCAGCCCCUGGUCUACUGGAGCGUCUACGCUUCCACCGCUACUGGUGUGACCGCCAACGAGACCAGCUUCAGCAUCACCAUGCCCGAGGACUUGGGCGACAAGUGUAACGAGGCUGGUGCCUGUGUUCUCCAGUGGUGGUGGGACGCCCGCUCCAUUGACCAGACCUACGAGUCUUGCGUUGAUUUCACCAUGAGCGGUUCUUCUUCUUCUGAUUCCUCUUCCUCUUCCCCUUCCUCCGCUGCCGCGGCUGUCUCCACCAGCGCUGCUGAGACCACCACUGCGGCCAGCGUCGCCGUCACCUCCCCCGCUGCUGCCAACAACAUCGCCUCCUCCGGCCCCACCACCCUGGCCACCAGCGUGAAGCAGACUGCUACUGCCGCUGCCGACUCCAGCUCCAGCGCCACCAGCGUCUCCUUCCCCACCGACGGUACCGCCGAGGAGCAGCUCACCUUUAUUGCCAGCGUCUUCAAGGCUCUCCUCAACUACGCCAACUAAAUAUUGGUCUGGGAUGAUGCGGG